GGGGAGGAGAAAUGCUCAGGAAAAAAAAAGAAGAAAAAAAAACUCUAUACAGAUGCCAAGUCCUGGACACUUAAAUUAGAGGGGUAGCUAAGCAGAGAGGCAUGUUUCAGUUUCAGAGAGCUGCAAUUUUCAGACUUGACCUCAAGCAGUUGGUACUGUAACAUUGUCAAGUGGUGACAUUUCAGGGUGAAAUAAGUUGUGGGCUACCAAAUGGGAAUUUAAACGUGGUGGUAGAGUGCUGACUUCCAACUUUGUGUCAUUUUCAAAAAUAUCGUCGAGCUGACAAUCCAGAUUUCCUGUCAGUGCUGUCCCUAAAGUGCCACCGGUGUCCUCCGACGCACAGGUGGGGCAGCCAUGUCUACUGACUCUGCUGCGAGUGAUGCUGAGGACUACGAGACAUGUCACAGAAGGACUGCCACCGCCUUGGACAGGAGCGCACGGAAGGAUACCUGCUACAAUCCCAACCGGUACUCAGAUGAGGAGUUGGAAGAUGACGGCGCGGAGGGGAGGGUCAAACAUGAGCGCAAACUCUCCAGGGCGCACCAGAAGGACGCGAGACAAUCUCAGCGGAACGCGGCCAACGCCAGGGAGAGGGCGCGGAUGAGAGUGCUGAGCAAAGCUUUCUCCAGACUGAAAACCAGCCUUCCCUGGGUACCAGCAGACACCAAACUGUCCAAACUGGACACGCUUCGACUCGCCUCGAGCUACAUCUCUCACCUGAGACAGCUUCUGCAGGAUGACCGAUUCGAGAACCACUUUGUGCACCCAGUAAAUCUGACCUGGCCAUUUAUGAUGACAGGGCGAUCUGAGGACAGCCAAGACAUCCCAUCAGCAAUGAGACUGUGUGGAGCAACAGCAUAGGACUGCCUCCUCCUUUGACAGCUUUGGUUCUCCUGGAGCCUGCGGGACAUAUGACAUGUUGACUCGUCCUGUGCACAGUCCAAAAAGCCUGCACGUUUGUGGCUCAGUCUCUCCAUGUGUGUCCUGAACAGUGACUUUGAACUCAGCCUCUAAUGCACUUUGGGUUGUGUAUUUCAGAGCAUGUCGAUUACAACAAUAAAGACAAUACUCCAA